CAAAGAAUAUUGAAUGUGAAGAGAAAGUUAUAAAAAGGAGAUUGGUUGAGGCUCAUUGUUUUUCUCAGUAACACUCUCUCCCUCUUCCUCUGUAUCAUUGAGGCUCUCUCAUGAACUCUAAAAAUGGGAACUCGGAUCGGUUGUCCGUCGUCAUGGAUUGGCUGGCCACCAUUCUAAAGCCCGGACAACGUGUAGACUCAGGCGAGCUCUUCUUUCUCUGCCUAUCCCUCGCCAGGGGUAUUGACUUUGCAGUUGCAAACAGUGAAAAAACAACUAGAUCUCAUGAUUUAUCUACAUUGGUGAAGCAGAUAUGUGAACAAAAAAGUUAUAUCUCCUUACAAGCUAUGAUUAUGGUGGUAAUGAUUUCUGUAAAGAAUGCUUGUAAAGUUGGAUGGUUUUCUGAAAAGGAGACCAAUGAGCUUUAUACUCUAGCUAAUGAGAUAGGAAUGAACUUCUGCAGUCCAGGGGAUAUUAACACUGCACCUAGCUGUUUGGAUUCUACCGUUGCAACAGUCAUGACUAGGUUUUAUCCACAGUUGAAGAUCGGCCAUAUUCUUGUUUCUCUUGAUGUCAAGCCUGGAUAUGGGAUCUACGCUAUUGAUUUCCAGAUAUUGAAGAAUAAUGCGCAGUCUCAAGAGGAAAAGAUUCACUUAUUUGUAGCGCAAGUUGAUAAUGUGGAGACAUCUGCAUGUAUUAUAACUCCUCAACAAGUAAACUUCAUUGUGAACGGAAGGGGAGUAAAGAAGAGAACUAAUGUGUAUAUGGAUGCCGGCCCACAGAUGCCAACUAAUGUGACUCCGUUGAUGAAAUAUGGAACAAAUCUACUUCAAGCUGUGGGCCAGUUCAAUGGUCACUACGUUAUUGUUGUUGUCUUUAUGAGAGAGACAAAAUUAUGUGACAUUCCCGUCCUGUCAGAUUAUGUUCAGGCUCUUGCAGAUGGAUUUGAUUCAGAUCUUGAUCUGAUUGAAGGGCCAUCCCGAAUAUCACUGAAUUGUCCAAUAAGUUAUACCCGUAUUAGAACUCCAGUCAAAGGACAUUCAUGCAAACAUCUUCAGUGUUUCGACUUCAGUAACUUCAUUAAUAUAAAUUCAAGAAGACCAUCUUGGCGCUGCCCUCACUGUAAUCAGCAUAUUUGCUACUCAGAUAUUCGUAUAGAUCAAUAUAUGGUCAAGGUCUUGAAAGAGGUGGGGAAGGAUGUUGCUGAUGUUAUUAUUUCUACAGACGGGACAUGGAAGGCAGUCCUGGAAAAUGAUCAUUCAGAUAAGGCUCAUGAUACAAACCUUGGUUGUCUGAAGGAAACGUCUGAGCUGCAAGAGUCUACUGCCAUCCCAAAUGGUGUUCCUAGUAUUCUGGAUCUCACUGGUGACGAUGAUGAUGAAAUGGAUAUCAAUGUUUGUGACAUUGAUGACAUGAAUCCUUCCAAGGCUGAUCUAAGUUCUCUGCCUGAUUUGCGCAAUAUAAGAAAUCAAAAUGUUGGUGCUCAAGUAGAGGAUACGGAUUGGUCUGCUCUCUUCGAUUCUCCUGACUUGUCGACCGCAGAUUGGUCAGAAGCCUUGUUUGGUGGAGUUCCUCAGUCUACUCCUGCAACUAUUGUGCAGACCCCUCACUUGGCUGAUGUUUCUCCUGUACUUACUCAUGAAGCUGGUGGUCGUGUAAAUACUAAUCUCGCAACUCAGAGUCAGUUUUCUUCCCCAAAUAUUUCGCAGUUACAACAGGUGCAGUCUGCGAACUCAAAUGCUAAUGAGUAUGGGAGAUUGCCAACAAUUUCCCGAAUGGUAAGCAGGAGGACGCCAAUUGCAAUUCAGCCCCUCCCAGCACAGUCCCAGGCACCACAAACUCCACAACAAAGAUUAAGACAUAAUUUGAAUUCCUCAACUCCCAAUACUUCUGCUGUGGCUUCUCAGGGUGAUUUAUCACCUACAGAUUUUAACAAUGUUUACAGUGAUUUGGAAAGACAGCAACAUUUUUUUCGAUCCCUUAUAAACCAGCCUCAAGCAUCCAGUGUUGCCUCAUCUUUGUCGCAACCUUCCUUGGUAACACAGAAUUGUCAAGAUCGUUCAUUUUCAGGUCAACUCCCAAAUGCUCAUUGGUUAUCCACACUUUCAGAUUUUCAAAAUCCACACCAACAGGCAACUUUUAAUAAUGGAAGGAUAUCACAGGCCAUGGGCCAGUCUUCACAUGCAAUUCGACCUCCACAUCUGUCACGAAGCCCAGUCCCCCAGCAGGGAGUUUCUCAACUGGCAACUCUCCAGGCAUCACCAGUAAGUCCCAAUCAACGAGCCAGGAUGGGUUUUGCUGCUCAGAUAGCUGCACAUGAAGCUAUACAAUCUCCUUCGGGUCAAACUCAAACAUUCAGACAAGGGCUGUCCUUACCACCUAUGGGAGGGGUGGUACAAGCAGACUCAAGGGCUGAUAGCUUGGUGGAUUUGGCAUCUGAGCAGAAUUGGCGUCCAACAGGUCGAAUGCGUAGAAGCCUUUCAGGUCAGGCGUAUUUGUCUGCACUUAAUCAGUUCAUGAGUCGGCCUACUCAAUCACCAUAACCGUCUCAAGCUGCAACACCGCCAUCAGUCCCAGCCACUUCACCACAAAUGAUACCUCCUUAACUGCAGGUUCUUCUUGCCGACAGCAGAAACACUCGAGCACCUCAGCCGAAUAAUCAUACCAAUUGAAAUGCCGUUCUGAGGAUUUUGGAAAUAAGAAAUUAUUCACAUGCAAGGCUGUGUAUAUAAAUGGCAUGGAAAAUUUUGUACCUCAUCGGUGUUGCUAUGUCCCUACUCUCCUCUGCCGAGUUUUGUGCCUAGUGUUAUUUUGUCAAAUAUGCAGGGCAGAAUCCGGUUGUCUAGUUGUGCAGUGUCCGAAGCUGUUGAAUAUUUAUUUUUAGAAUGAAAUGUAUAUAAAUGAAUCAAAAUGAAUAUUAUAAUCGCUUUUAUAUCUAUUUCAAGCUCUGUAUACACUCGUCACCCUUUACGUUUGAUGAAAUUGAUUUCAUGAUAAAUAUUUUCUUGGUUAUAUAGUA